AAACUACCUUCUCCUUCUUGUUGUUCCUUUGUUCACUAGUCUCUUUCCAGUUCCAAAUGAUUGGCAGCGACAACCAUCUAAGGUGGGGAACUACGGCUCCUUUAGCAUCGGAGGAUGAAGGAGAAGGACGUGUUCAGAGCUCGGUGAAUGCGGUGCCGUUUUGUUUGGUGGCAACCGCAGUUUUAAUCUCCAUCUUCUUGUUACUCGCACUCUUUGAGAGGUUCAUGUUCAUUCGACAGACUACACCACCACCUUUCCACCCAAAGCUUCCUCCUUUCGCUUCCCCCAAGAUUGGUGUGUGUGAGAGAGAAAUAUCAGUAUUGAUGCCUGGAGAAGAGGUUCCAACCUUCAUUGCUCAGCCAUGUCCUCCUUCCUACUCAAGAUCAUUCUGAAAAAAAUCUUCUUGAAUUUUCAAUUUUUACCGUUAUUCACUCUCUUAUUAGAACCUUUUUUUUUUGUUUUUAAAAUAAGAACUGGAAAAAGACAAGAGUUUAUGUAGUAGAGUGUUUUUAUAACAGAACAGUGUCUUCUGUUUCUGCUUAGAUCAGAGCAAAAGAGCAGCAAUCUCCAUGAAUAAAGCUAUGGAAUUUUGUGAA